CAGGGGAUGAACAAUCAAUAUAUCCGUCGGGAAGUCUUCUGCUGUGAAACUUGUCACGAGCUCAAAACCUUCUGGGAAAAAGAAAUCAGCAAACAGACUUGUUACAGGGAACUGGAGGAAGGUCGUCAGGGAAGGAGCGCCCUGACAAAGCUCAGAGAAGAAUGGAAGCAGAGGCUGGAGAAAAGGCUACAGAUGCUGGACAAUCCUGAUGAGAAGAAAAAGCAGGCAAACACGGUGGGCUGAGAGCCUUCUGCUUCAUCUACUUCAAAGAUAACAAGCCACCAAGGGCACUCUUCUAGGAGAAAAAUCUAACACCCAAGUUAUGUUGAUUU